UCCCAUAUACAAGCUAAAGUACAAGCAUGGCGUAUAAAUCAAUCUAUGAUUUCUCUGUUGAGACCCUGGAUGGACAGCCGGUUCCGCUCAGUAACUACAGGGGUAAAGUGCUUCUCAUCAUCAACGUUGCCACCUUCUGAGGGUCAACAAUAGAGGAGUACCACCGACUGAAUGCACUGACGGAAAUGUUUGGUGACCUCAACUUCACUGUCCUAGGAUUCCCCAGCAACCAAUUCGGUCUCCAGUCACCUGAGGGGAAUCAUGAAACCCUCAACAUUCUUGAGUAUGUGAGACCUGGUGGUGGGUUCGUGCCAAAGUUUCCUGUCUUUGGAAAGGUUGAGGUGAAUGGAUUGAACGAAGAGCCUCUUUUCACCUAUCUAAAGGAAUUGUUGCCAUUUGUGAAUCCUGUUAUUGGAGAUAUGAAGAAAUUCUACUGGUCCCCAAUCAAUGUCAAUGACAUUCGGUGGAAUUUUGAGAAGUUCUUAAUUACGGCAGAGGGCAUGCCCUUCAAAAGGUAUGAACUUCAUUGCCCCAUUGAGAAUGUGGAGAAGGACAUAGCAGAUCUUCUCUGA